UAUUCCAUUCUCCUUCCACCUUUUCUUUUGGCCUCAAAACUCCAUAAAGGUAGCAUUCUUUCAUUUGUAGGAGCCCUUUGAGAGGGCGCGCACCUGCAAGUGCGCGCACCAGUAACAAAAUUAAUUAAGCCAACUAUAAAUUCUCUAUGCAAAAAUGGCACAAACUACACAAAAAAACUACAAAAUCAAAAACAAAAACAACCAAAACUAUAAACAUCUCCCCUUCCUCUUCGUUAUCGCGUUUUUACUAGCAUUUGUAACCACCCCAUCAGACGGGAAAUUAUCAGAAGCUGAGAUUCUGCUCAAGUUUAGUCAAUCUUUAAAAUAUGAUGGCAAUCCCUUUUCAACAUGGAAUGCCAAUGUACCACCUUGUGUCAAAGGGAACAAUAAGCCAAAUUGGAAUAGUCUUUUUUGUGAAGGUGGUAUGGUUUAUGGUUUGAAUCUUGAAAAUCUUGGUUUAAGUGGUACCCUUGAUGUUGACACGUUAAAAGAGUUGCCUAAUUUGAGAACCAUAAGUGUAUUGAGUAAUAAUUUUGAAGGGUCUUUGCCACCUUUGAAUAAGCUACCUGCAUUAAAAAGUGCUUAUUUUUCAAACAAUAAAUUUUCUGGGCCAAUUGAUGGCAAGACUUUUGAAGGGAUGAAUUCGUUAAAGAAGCUACACCUAGCAAAUAAUCAAUUUACAGGACAACUCCCUCCCAUAUUCGGUGAAUUGCCAAAGCUCGUGGAGUUAAAUGUACAAAAUAAUAAGUUUGAGGGUCCAAUUCCUUCUUCCCUUUCUCGUCUAUAUUUUUCUGCUUUUCAAGGAAAUGAUGGUCUUUGCGGUCCACCUUUAACAAAAUCAUGCAAUGAAGAGGCACCAAAAAAGCAAGAAUCAUCAUCAUCAUCUUCUGGUUGGAAGAUUGCCCUUAUCGUCGUGGUGGUUGUUGCUGUUAUAGGUCUAAUUGCCGUUGUACUCAUAACUCGUCGCAAGAAAAAUAAUUCCCAACAGGAAGUUACUCUAGGAUCAUCAAAUAUAUCACCAACAACUCAUGAGCCAAAACUCACAUCAGCUGACCUAAACAAAUUGGAACAAGGCCAAGUUGCUGCAUCUCCUGAUCGUUCUAAUGAUGGAAAAAGAGCUGAACAAGGACAAAAGCUUUUGUUCUUGAAAGAUGACAUUGAGAAAUUUGACUUGCCAGAUUUAUUAAAGGCCUCAGCUGAAGUAUUGGGCAGUGGUGUGUUUGGUUCAACUUAUAAAGCUGCACUUAGCACUGGUCCUGUUAUGGUUGUUAAGAGGUUUAGACAUAUGAACAAAGUUGGCAAGGAAGAUUUCCAUGAGCAUAUGAGAAGACUUGGUAGAUUGAGCCAUAAGAACUUGCUUCCUGUUCUAGCUUUCUAUUAUAGGAAGGAGGAGAAGCUUUUGGUCUUUGAAUACGUCAACAAUGUCAGCCUUGCCGUUUAUCUUCAUGGCAAUAGUAAAUCACGUGGGAACCAAAGCUUGGAUUGGCCAACUCGCUUGAAAAUUGUAAAAGGAGUAGCCAAAGGAAUUUUAUACCUCUACAAUGAGCUACCAAGCAUAACUGCACCUCAUGGUCAUCUCAAGUCCUCAAAUGUCCUUCUAACUGAAACCUUUGAGCCAGUUCUCACAGAUUACGCCUUACUACCAGUCGUAAAUAUCGAACAUGCUCAAGAACACAUGAUCUCAUACAAAGCACCAGAGUACAAGCUAUCUGGCAAAAUCAACAGGAAAACUGAUGUUUGGACACUUGGUAUGUUGAUCCUAGAAAUCUUGACUGGAAAAUUUCCUUCAAAUCUUUUAGGCAAAGGGAGUCAUGAUACCGAUGAUUUGGCGACUUGGGUGAACUCUGUACUUGGAGAGGAUUCAUCAAAAGAAGAGGUGUUUGAUAAGGAAAUGAAAGGAACACAAGAUUGUGAGGGUGAAAUGAUGAAACUAUUGAAGGUUGGUUUAAGUUGUUGUGAGGCUGAUGUGGAGAAAAGAUGGGAUAUAAAAGAGGCUGUGGAGAAAAUUGAGGAAGUAAAAGAAAAAGGUGCUGCAGGAGAUGGUGAUUUCUUCUCUUCUGUUGCUGUAAGUGAUGAAACUGACAUGCAUAAUUCAAGAUGAAUAAUUCAAUAAUUUUCAAGUGUAUAGGGGUUUUUGAUGAUUUUCUUGGAUGCAUGCAUGCAUGACUACUGGGGUUAUAUGAUUUUUUUUUUCAUGGUGGAGAAUCAAUUGAGCCACCAUGUGGGGUUACUACAAAAAACAAAAGAGAAAAAAGAAAAAAAAAGAAAGAAAAUAAGUGUUAGAAAAAUGAAGUACUUAAUUUUUGUUUUACAUGUAAAUUUGUCAUUCUUGAAUCUAUAGUCUAGGUGUGUUUCUUCUUUUA